GUCGGUGCCCUCAGGAGGAGGAGGGCGAGAGGCUGUGGGGAGUUUGGAGCCUUCGGCCUGGGCUGUGGUGACUGAAAUCCUUCAGGUGCGCCAACACACCAGCAGCAGGAGGACCCUCCACUGAGCAGGAGGAUUUUGUUCAUACCUAAAUUUUUUAGUGGGCCUCUGUAUACAGAAGAUUCUUCCAAGCAAAUUAGGCAGACCUUAAAUAUCCAUUUAGAAGCUAAAAAAAAGGCUCUUUGCAGAUAUUUAGCCUAAACUAUCCUGACCUCUGUUAGACUCCCAAAUCUUACAGUUAGAAAGGAUGAGCAAGUAAAUAUAUACACAUAUCUGGAUGAGAUGGUUUACAAAACUUUUGAUCAGCCAUAGCUAGAGCAGCAAAGCAGUGAUCAAUACUUUAUUGCCUGCUCUUUCACAAUGAAGGCCAUGGAGGAUCAAGUAGUCCAAGAAGAACCAGGAUACCAGGAUGAUGAGGAAUCCUUUUUUCAGGAUAUUGACCUUCUACAGAAGCAUGGAAUUAAUGUAGCAGAUAUUAAAAAGCUGAAGUCAGUUGGGAUCUGCACAAUCAAAGGAAUCCAGAUGACCACGAGACGGGCGCUGUGCAAUGUAAAAGGGCUUUCAGAGGCCAAAGUGGACAAGAUUAAAGAAGCUGCAAACAAGCUUAUUGAGCCAGGCUUCCUGACUGCCUUUGAGUACAGUGAAAAACGGAAGAUGGUAUUUCAUAUUUCUACUGGCAGCCAGGAAUUCGAUAAACUUCUGGGUGGUGGGAUUGAAAGCAUGGCAAUCACUGAGGCCUUUGGAGAGUUUCGGACAGGCAAAACCCAGCUAUCUCACACUCUUUGUGUGACAGCUCAGCUCCCAGGACCAAAUGGCUACACAGGUGGAAAGAUUAUCUUCAUUGAUACUGAAAACACUUUCCGACCAGACCGUCUUCGUGACAUUGCCGAUCGCUUCAGUGUUGACCAUGAGGCAGUACUUGACAAUGUGCUGUAUGCACGUGCAUAUACUAGUGAACAUCAGAUGGAAUUGCUUGACUAUGUAGCAGCCAAGUUCCAUGAGGAAGCUGGUAUCUUCAAGCUAUUGGUACAAGACUUUUUGGUUUUGUAUGCUUACUGUUUGAGAAUAAGUUUUCCUAUUUUCUUUCACUAUAUUUACUUAUCUAGCAUAAUUACAAUGCAGAUCAUUGACUCCAUAAUGGCACUUUUCCGUGUGGAUUUCAGUGGUCGUGGAGAGUUGGCUGAACGACAACAGAAACUAGCUCAGAUGCUGUCAAGGCUCCAAAAAAUAUCAGAAGAAUAUAACGUGGCUGUGUUUGUGACCAACCAGAUGACUGCUGACCCAGGAGCAACUAUGACCUUUCAGGCAGACCCAAAAAAGCCCAUUGGGGGCCACAUCCUUGCUCAUGCUUCGACUACCAGGAUCAGUUUGAGGAAAGGGAGAGGGGAGCUGCGUAUUGCAAAGAUAUAUGACAGCCCUGAGAUGCCUGAAAAUGAAGCUACAUUUGCAAUAACCACGGGAGGGAUUGGGGAUGCCAAAGAAUAGGUAAAAAAACAAUGUAAAUGUACUGCUGGGCAAGUUGGAAUGAAGAUUUGUGCAUGGCUGCAACUGCCUGGCUUCACUUCUAGCUUUUGAGAACUAUUUGAGAUAUUUUGGGAGAACACUGGGAUGAACUCUGUACAGUUCAGUUUUACUGAAUUUGGUUCAUUUAAGGUCUUUGUUUUUCAACUGAACUUUCAGCAGACAAUGAUUCAAGAAAUAAGCUUGUGAAUUGUUCUCAGAAUCCUUUUCCCGUUUUGUGAAAAUCAAAGCUGUUCUUUCACAUGAGAUUAAAUAUACUCUUUCUUAGUUUAUUUCAAAGAGAAUGUCUAAGUCGUAGAAUUUAAUGGAGCAAAAUGAAGAAGAAUUGGAAUAAACUCAGUUAUGAAAUUACCAUAAAUAGGUGGAAAAGGCAGUGGGAGGAGCAACAGCCCAAGAACUUGAUGGAUUCUCAUGUACUGCAGAAGAACAAGUAAUUUUAAAAAUAUGUUUUUAGGCAUUUUUAUCUUGACUAUUUUUAUCUUGAUAAUGCUUACAUUUUUAUUUAGCAGUUUUUACUUUUUUGAAA